AUGAAGGACCCUACGUCAUCUCCUUCGCCGUACAGCUCACCUAGCGAUCUCGGUUGCAACAUCACAACAGGAACCACUCGUAGCAGCGAUGUACUGGACUUGCCACUCAGCGGCGUGACGCUCGUCAUCGGACGCAUCCUUGGCCCUUUCGACAACGAGGACGGCUACUCCGACGAGGGGGAGGACGACUUCUACCACGGCGACCGCAACUCUGAUUACUACCGUCGUUAG